CCGGAACCGGUUUGGGACUUGAUUCCCAUUGUGAGGCCAGGCCUGGGGCGGGCUCUCAGCCAGAAUGGCAACAUCCUUCUAGCCAAUAGAUGAGCCUUACCAAAUGAGCGGCAGCCACGUCAGCCAAUGGGUGGCAGGAGAUGGGCGGGCGCAGUCAGUGGGCGGGGGAUCAAUGAAGCAUCUUUUUUCCAACCCCCCCUGGGGCGACGGUGGGGAGGUGCCGCCGGGGUCGCAGGUGAGCGGAUCUGUGCCUGAGGAGGCGGCCAGGGAAGCGGUGGCUCCGUGACCAGUGGGUGCCCUCGCAGUGGGGAGGGGCCCGGAGGGGUCAGCGGCAAGUGGCCGCAACGCUUGCUGCCGGGUUUGGUCCGAGGGCUGCGGCGUAGCGGGACUGCACGCUCGGGAGAAGUGCCACGCGCGUCUGUCGCCUGACCGGGGAGGCUGGGGAGGGCCCAGGCCACGGAAACAAGAUUACAGAAGUUUCUGGGCACUCAGUCGGGACUCUCAUUUAAUAUCCAGAGAGGAAAUCUUACAGGUUACUCCGACUCCUACCCGGACUCCUACCAGCAGCAACCGCAUCAUUGUGGCCGAGGCAGGUGCGCGCCCCUGCUCCCCUGGGUGGCUUUCCGGGAGCCCAGUCUAACUCGAUUCUUCCCAGAGGCUGUUUUUGGACGGUCCCAAAGGAGGCAGCGGGAGGGAGGUGAAAGAUACUUUGAUAACCGUCGACCCUGAAGUAAACUUGUUGUGUACCUACCACGAGUUUUAGAGAAGAACAUCUUUUUUGGCAGGGGAGUGAAUCCCCUAUAAUAUAGGGGAGGGGAAAGUGACACUUUAAAGAGAAUUGGGGUAGGGUUGAUAUGUAGAUUUGUGAUGCUUUUCUUCUUGAACUGCUUAGCUAAUUUACCCUCAAUUUUUUUUGAUCCGUAACUUACCGUCUGGUUUUUCUCAGACUUCUUAAUUCUGUCUUAUCAUGAAGUAUCUAGGAACUUCAUUCUCAAGUUUUAGUGCUUGUAAAAAGUUGCCGGGUUAUAUUACGCCAUUGGCGGUACGUCAUCUUCACAAGGAUUACGGGUUAAGUGAACUACAUCUCAUUCCUAUUUCCAACCAGUAAAGAACGAUUGUGAAAUGGGAUUUUAGAAAAUGGCUGUUCUCUGUGAUUGGGCAUGGAAGGUUUGUAAGUUUUAGAGACUGCAGCUGUUGAAUCCUUUCUGCUAUGAGAGUGACGACAGCCAAUACAAAAGGGAUAGUGUUUGACAUCUAAAAUGACAUAUUUUCACAUUUUUUGAGGUGUUAUAUCCUCACUACCAAAAAUAGUGCCUGGCACACAGUAGCAGCUCAAUAAGUAUUUUUUGAGGAAAUUAUUGGGGAAUGAAUGGAUGGUAGAAACCCCAAGCUUCUGUUACUUGGAUACCAACAUAUAAAGGAGAGGACAGAAAGACAAACAUUUCUGGAAAUGGCUUUUAUCCAGGAAUUAUCCAGACUGCCUCUGCCACUAGAUGAAUGGAAGACAAUGAUUUGAAUUAAGUGCCAGCAAAGAAUUAUCCUUGGUUUUUGUGCUUUGCAGCAUUCCUCAAAUUGUUUUCACAUCUUCUCUUAUUAUAAAAACUGCAUUGAAGUUAAAAAUGAAGCAGUUGAAAAGAAAAAGGAAAAGCAAUUUUAGUGUUCAAGAAACUCAGACCCUUUUGAAAGAAAUUACAAAACGGAAAGAAGUCAUUUUUUCCAAACAGCUCAAUACAACAAUUAACGUGAUGAAGCGAAUGGCUUGGGAAGAGAUUGCACAGUGUGUGAAUGCUGUAGGAGAAGGAGAACAGAGGACAGGGACAGAGGUGAAAAGAAGGUACCUUGACUGGCGAGCACUUAUGAAGAGAAAGAGGAUGAAGGCCAACAUUAAGCUGGUCGGUUCGGGAUUUCCCCUUCCCUCCUCUGAUUUAGAUGACUCUCUCACUGAAGAGAUAGAUGAAAAGAUUGGAUUCCGAAAUGAUGCAAAUUUUGACUGGCAAAAUGUGGCAGAUUUCAGGGAUGCAGGUGGAUCCUUAACUGAGGUCAAGGUGGAAGAGGAAGAAAGGGAUCCGCAGAGUCCUGAAUUUGAAAUUGAGGAGGAGGAAGAAAUGUUGUCAUCCGUCAUACCAGAUUCCAGGAGAGAAAAUGAACUUCCCGAUUUCCCCCACAUUGAUGAGUUUUUUACCCUUAACUCAACACCAUCUAGAUCUGCAUAUGAUGAGCCUCAUUUGCUUGUAAAUAUUGAGAAACAGAAACUAGAGUUAGAAAAACGACGACUGGAUAUUGAGGCUGAAAGACUGCAGGUAGAAAAGGAACGCCUACAAAUUGAGAAAGAGAGGUUGCGGCAUUUAGACAUGGAGCAUGAGCGGCUUCAGCUGGAGAAGGAGCGGCUGCAGAUUGAAAGAGAGAAGUUGAGGUUACAGAUAGUCAAUUCAGAGAAACCGUCCUUGGAAAAUGAACUUGGUCAAGGAGAAAAAUCCAUGCUUCAACCACAGGACAUAGAAACAGAGAAGUUAAAACUUGAGCGAGAACGCUUGCAACUGGAAAAGGAUAGACUGCAGUUUUUGAAAUUUGAAUCUGAGAAACUGCAGAUUGAAAAGGAACGCUUACAAGUAGAGAAAGACAGACUUCGAAUUCAGAAAGAAGGACACUUGCAGUGAUUUUUCCAGGCUUCCGUUUAGCAAAUGUUUGAAAAUUGUAGAUUUUUCUCAUAUCAGGUGAUAUAAUGAUGGUUGCUGGAUUAGCUGUGGUUUCUUUUCUUGUCUAAUAUCAGUGUUCAGUAGGAAAAAGUUAUAUGUAGAUAACUGUAUGCCUAAGUAGUAUAUAAAAACUGUGCCCUAGCAUAAACAGUAUAGCAGAAAUGUACUGUGCUGGAUUCUUUACCUUAUAAUAUUACAUAGAGUCUUGUAUUGUCUGUGUACCCAGAGUUUACAAUUAUGUCUAUAUAAAAUUCUAGCCCAGAAGUUCUCAAUUGGGGUAGAUUUUGGCCUUCAGAAGACCAAUUUGGUGAUGUCCGGAGACAUGUUUGGUUGUCAAAACUGGGGUGGGGAGAAGGUUGCUACUGUGCAGUGCAUACCUCAAGCCCCACACACACUUAGUAAAGAAUUUUCCGACCCAAAAUAUCGUUGGUCCUGAGGUUGAGAAACCCUGUCCUAGCCUAACUGUGUACCUCUAUAGCUAUGUUUUAUAGUUUUAGAAUAUUAAAACCUCAGAUAUUUAUGUGGGUAGGUACUUAAAUGGCCAAAAACUUUAACUAUGAAAUGUUACUGUGUAGUAUAUUGAAUAUAGGAAGUGAUGAAGAUUAUAGGUAUUUUAUUCCCAUGUUUCCAUCUAUAAAUAGCCUUCUCAGAUUCAGAAAACAAUACGGGGAACAUCAGAGAUUAUCUAAAGUGGGUCACUCUGAAAAGAAUUCUUUAUCUCAUUAUUAAUGCUCUAGAAGCAAGACACAAUUUUAAAGCUUUAGUUCCUUUUCUUUCAGUCAUUGUCUUAGUUUGGGUAUGAAAAUUGUCAUUUCAGUAAUGUACUGAGAUCUUAUAAGUGAAUAGUUGAAGCUAGUAAAAAUGAUACCAGUAUAAAAAUGGUAUUUGUAGUCCAUGAGCUUGAACCCAAUAACUGAUUGUUUAACUUUUAAAAUAAGUAAUAGCAGCCAUUUGGGAGUGGGCGGCGGGUGGGGGAAGAUGUACUCUGUAUCAAAUAAUUAUGAUGAUGUUGAAGUAAUGACAGUAGCUAUGUAUUAUGGAUUGGAGAAGCACUUAUUACACUAUCUAACCCAGUAUGUAGAACAAUUCUUGAGAGUUGUAUCUGUCGUUAUUCCUGAAUCUGAAGCCCAGAGAAGUCACACAGAGUAAAUGGCUGAUCUUUUAUAUUGUAGUGUAUUCUGUCCUUCCCCCUUCCCUGAGGAACAAAGUAUGUAUCUUUAGUCUCUUGGAUAUUUAUUCUGAGACCAAGGGCUUGCUUGACCUGAUGAUUUUCCUUCAGCUCUCUGAAGGUGCGUUUUCCACAAUCCAAGUGAUUCUGAUGCACACUAAAGUUGAGAAUCUCUGCACUGGAUCACUUUGUGUUUUCUGAUUUUCAAGGCUGAUAUGUAGCUUUAACACAGCUCUUCUGUUGACAGUUACUACCUUGCUUCUGCAUUUGUUCCUUGUAAGAAUAGCUGGAAAUUGUAUGUUGACAUUUGAGGAUGGGUAUGCAAGGAAAAAAUAUACUUCUGUUUACUUACUCUGACUUUGAAAUAGUGUUAUUUUUCUAUAUCUGAAAUAAAUGCUUCUACCGUAGAAAUAAA